AGGACCUUUCCAGAUUUUUAAAAUAAAUACCAAUUGCAGCUUCCUUCCGAGGAAAAGCAGCUACCGGAAAGGACUGAUCGGGAAAGUCAAAAUCAGCUCGCAAGGGGAUAAAGCUUGUUUUGUUCUCGCAUCUCCAUUCACCCUGCUGCAAGCAAUGGCCGGAGAGCAAGGGAAAGACCACAAGCCAGAAGGGCGCCCGGAACUGGGUGAAGUAGACGGGAUUCUCCUGCCAAAAGCUACCUGCAACGAAUGGAGCCGGAUCCAGAGCUUCCAAGCGAAACCGGAUGAUUUGCUCAUUUGCACCUAUCCCAAAGCAGGUACUACGUGGAUACAAGAAAUAGUGGACAUGAUCCAACAGGAAGGCGACCUGGAGAAAUGUCAGCGUGCCCCCGUGCACCAACGACACCCGUUCAUCGAGUGGGCACGCCCACCUCAGCCCUCAGGAGUGGAACAGGCAGACGCGAUGCCCUCUCCCCGGACUCUGAAAACCCAUCUCCCUGUGAAGCUGCUCCCCCGAUCCUUUUGGGAACAGAAGUGCAAGUUUCUGUACGUGGCAAGGAAUGCCAAGGACUGCAUGGUGUCCUAUUUCCACUUCCAAAGGAUGAGCAAAGUGGUUCCUGACCCUGGAACCUGGCCAGAAUAUUUUGAGACUUUCAUGGCAGGCAAAGUGGGCUGGGGGCCGUGGUACGAUCACGUGAAAGGCUGGUGGAAGGCAAAGGACAGCCACCACAUGCUCUUCCUCUUCUAUGAAGACAUCAAGAAGAACCCGAAGCGUGAAAUCCAGAAGGUGGUGCAGUUUCUAGGGAAGCCGCUGGACGAGGCGACCCUCGACAAGAUUGUUCACCACACUUCAUUUGAUGUCAUGAAGGACAACCCUAUGGCCAACCGAGCUGGGGUGCCCGCUUCGCCUAUGCGGACCUUCGUCUAUUUCCCUUCAUGCUGGAAAGGGACAGUUGGUGACUGGAAGAACCACUUCACCGUGGCUCAGAAUGAGCGAUUUAAUGAAAACUACCGGAGGAAGAUGGCUGACACCACUCUGACUUUCUCCAUGGAGUUUUGAUGGUCAAAACUGCUGGAAAUCUUGAAGUGAAUCUCCUUUGUAGACAGAAAUUAAAUCAUGUCCAGCAUCCUCAGUUCCUUUGCUAAUUCCAGCGGUUGUUAUAAAUCUGUGCACCCUUAUCACGAUCAAUCAGAGGCUUUUA